ACGGGAGCCUGGAGCCGUCCUCUGCCUCUAUAAGACCGAAAACAACUGCGUGAUGAAGUUCACCUACCACGAGCACGCCAGCGGACUCUCCGUCCUCACCGCGCUCCAAGAGCCCGAGUGCGGCAGCGCCCCGAGCGCCUUAACGGUGUUACUGGCUGUGGUCGGCACCAUCCUGCUGGUGGGGAUGGUUCUGCUGGCCGUCUGGAAACUGGUGAUCACCGUACACGACCGGAGGGAGUUCGCCCGCUUCCAGAGCGAACGCAUGCGCGCCCGAUACCACAUGGCCUCCAACCCUCUCUACAAGCAGCCCAUCUCCACGCAUUUUGCAGAACUGGAACGGUUGGAGAAGUCUUUCAACGGCGGGCUGCACUGAUCCCUCCGCACGGGGCACGGCAGGACCGGUCCAACGCACAGAAGCACGGCAGACGGAACGCAUCCCUCCCCGGGAUCCCUGCCAGCGACGGCGGAAGUGAAAUGAAGUAUUUCUAGAGUUCCUGAGGAGAUCCGGACAGACGUGUCUCGCUUUGCGCUGCUUUAAAAACGAGCGGCGGGUCACAAACAUGAAUUAAACAGGAUAUGGGAUUAUAUUUCUAUAUUUUUAUAGACGCUAAAGAUGCAUUUGGAAGCAGAGCUCCUCCCCCCUGCAGGACUCCGAUUAUUAGCACAUAUUUCUACGGACGCUGGUCAUGAUUUGGUACUACUAAUAUUUCCUGAGCUGCAGAUGUUUCCUUUGCUUUGCACACAUGGUGUCAUAGUUUGGACUUUAGGUGACUCCAUGUGGGUUUAAUCCGGCGCUGCGGUUCCACUCUCCUCUAUACCAGCAGGGCAUUAACGUACGGCGCUCCUCUAACAUCCCAGCAUGUUUUCUAUCGAUAAGAAAUACGACGAUGAACAAACGCAGACCUGCCUUCACCAACGGCCCAGACUUCCUUCUCUCAUCAGGAGCCGAAACGUUUAAAGAUGACGAGCAUUGGACGCGUUUUUCCUGCCCUUCCUGCUGCCAUUGUUUGCUUUCUUUUCUAACCAGAUGAUGACAGAAGGAUUUCACUCUUAACGUAAAACAAAAUCAAUCCUUUUCUGCAUCAACAGUUGAUCUUGUUAAAAGUUAGAAGAAUCUGUUCUCUGUUCAAGCUUCCUGUCACCUGCAGGAGUCUUGAUCUGCAGCCUGAGCGAUCAGCGCGCGUCUCAACAUGUCCUCCUGGAUUUCUUUCAUCUCUGCCUCCUCUGCUGGAAACAGAAAACAUCUCAGAGCGUUAUUAGCGCCUCAUGCAUGAGUUUAUUUACGAUAGGUGGAGGUUUCCUAUUGGUCAGUCAGGCGGAUUAAGGAUUAACGAUCAUCAUCACCCAGUUUGUUUAAAGUUCCCUGAUAUUUCAUUGAAUUCUCGCCCCUUUAGCCUCAUUAUAACCAGCUUGUUUAUAGAGCUGGGUUUAGAAGAAUGGAGUGUAAAAUGAUUAGCAUGUAGCUAAAGAUACCAAUCUAGUGUUAAAAGUUAACACCGACUGUCCAGAAAUGCCUGGAAAGUGUUUCUCUUGCUUGUUUCGUCCUCCUACGUCGACUCCCUCGGUCAUAAAUCGCUCAUCCUGACUGGAUGAAGCCCUGACGUCGCUCAGCGACCCCAGAAGGUGGCGGUUUCACGUCACUUUAAACUCCUAAAUAAAACCAUGACAUCAUUUCCUCCCACCUUUGGGUCAGAACCUCCUCGCCUGUUUCCUGUCAGCCAUGCAGGCUGCGUUUCCAUGACAGAAAGCGUCUUUGGGCCUGAAUGAAGCUAAACACACUGAGGUCACCGUCACCACGCCUCCUUGGAAGCACCGUUGCUAUGGUGAUUUCACGAUUUCAUGCAGCAGUGAAUAUUAACUAUAGUUUGGUUAUUUAAGGUACUUUAACGUCCUCUGAUUAACAAAUCAAACCUUAAUCUUUUCAUUCUGAGUUUUUUUCCUUCCGUUUAGUCUUGAAAAAUUUAAAUCUUAGUCGAUUCUUCUUUAAAUAAAUGUUUUGUCCUUUGAUUUGAGCAGCUAAGAAAAUAAACCAACAGAAUAAUUUACAUAUAAAGUAUAAAAAUCACAUGAAAUAAUCUUAUUUUAAGGUCAAACACACCUAUGUAAAACUUUUCCCUUAUUGUUAGAUUGGGUGUUGCUAUGGACUGGUUAAAGGUACUAAAGCCGCUCAAAUUUUUGCUUUUUGGUAAGAAGAAGAGUCGAGUCUUUUUGUUGUUGUUCUAGAAACCAGCUUUGCUCUUAGUUCUUAAUACCAAGACGACUGCAGUGCAACCAGCUUCUGUAACGUUAUAAGAACAGUUCCUCCUCCUGGUGAAUCAAAUAAAGGAACUAAAGAGGAAGAGGCGGAUCUCAUCAUGUGGCUGAACUGGAUUCCCAGAGCGGAUCGGGAUCCAGCUGGAAUCUGUGCAGGCGGUGACUUUCAUAAUGUGGGUGUCACUCCGGGUGGGGACUUGUAAAUAUUGUCUAGAUGGAUAAAAAAAGAAAAAAAAAAGUGCCAAAUGAUGGAUGGUUUGUGAUUUUUUUGUAAACCUUUUUCUCAGCUGGAGCGUUUUUCCCCACAGAGCUCCAUGUAGAUGUAACACCUCACCAACAAAUAAACGGCUUCGU